AUGGCCGGAAGCCCAGAGAUAUUAUGUUUACCCAGCGCCAUGAGUUUAUCAAAAAGUUCAUUCAACGCUGCGCCAGUAGAUAAUUCUAUUCCCACUGUCAAUUUUGACUUUGAUGACCUUCGCGAUCGGAUGGCCAGGUUCACCUUCAAGUUUGAUGAUUUUAUCGAGAGGUAUCGAAAGCGAAUUUUAGAUGAGAGAAAUCAAUUUCGAGUUAAUAUAGCUGAGCUUAAAGAAGAUCAACGAAUCAAGAAGAGGGAUGUGGAAAUCCUCUCACAAAAGUCUAAUACUCACCAACAAAAUAUGGCUAAGGAAGCAGCCGAGACCGAAGAGAUGAAGUCCACGGUGGCCACUUUAACAGCACAAAGAGAUGCUUACGCUGCCAAUAAAGAAACGCUAUUACAAAGAAUUAGUGAAACUCAAAAACAAAUCGAUGGGAAGCUCACAGCUCAACGUGUCCAAGCCGAACAUAUUGAGUCGCAGUCUCGUUUAAAUAUUCCCGAACUUGAGAUCUGGACUACUAACCUAUGCAUGGAGAUAGAGAGUGCCGGCCAAAACGACCGACUGAAAUUCAUCUUCACUCACGUAGAUGACCAAGAUUGGGCUCGUGAGGCUAGUUUUGAACUUGAUAUUUCCAAACGGGAUUAUGAAGUUCCAUGCUGUGUGCCAAAUAUCGGGGCUGAAAGAAUCGAGAAGCUUGUUGACAGGCUUAACGAAUGUCGUGACCUGCGAGUAUUGCUGAAAGGGAUGAGGGAACUCUUCGUGGAAGUGUUGAAGCAUUAA